AGUUUGGACAGAUUCCGGCGCCGAGCAAGAAGGAUGCAACGUUAGCAUUGACACGUGGACCUUUCUGGGGCGCACCUUAAAAGGGAAACACCCGGUCUUCUGAUGCAGAGCAAUUUGUAAAACAGAGUCAAUAUUUUACACACUUAGGUCAGCAGCGAUUUAUUGGGUUUGGAAGGUGCUAGGUGCGCCUUGAUAAUUGCACCCUUUGCAAACUGUCCCGCGGCCGUUGAAGGAAUGCCACGCAGGCAGGCCAACUUCCCUGGAUGCGGGGAAGGAAGAGAGGCAGAGUGAGGAGUUGCUGCAACAGGCGGCUGCAAAUCCAUGCGAUCCGUCCACCGGGAACAUGAACAGAGUCAAGAGGCUGUUCCGCGGCAGCGGCAGGGUCCUCGGCUUGAUUUUCGCCGCUUCCGUAGCCUGGCUCAUCUUCGACAUGGCAGCGCUGAGGUUUUCCUUCUCCGAGAUCAACAGUAAACUUUCCAAGGAGGAGUUUGUGCGGUUGGAGCGGCUGCGGACCAAAGUGCUGCAGGACCAGGGCUUGCACAAGAUGUUCCGGAGAAGGCCGGACGGGCGGCGGGCGGAGGGGGCUCGUCUCCAUGGUGACCCGCCGGGUGUCCGGGAUCCUCUCCCGCCGGGUGUCCGGGAUCCUCUCCAUGGUAACCCGGCGGAGCGGGAUCCUCUCCAGGGAAACAAGCCAGGUGUCCGGGCUCCUCUCCCGCCGGGUGUCCGGGAUCCUCUCCAGGGUAACAAGCCAGGUGUCUGGGAUCCUCUCCAGGGUAACCCGGCGGUGGGGGCUCCUCUACUUGGCGACCAGCCGGGUGUCCGGGCUCCUCUCCCGCCGGGAGUCCGGGUGGUCGGGGAUCCUCUCCAUGGCGACCCGGCGGUGGGGGCUCCUCUCCAUGGCGACCAGCCGGGUGUCCGGGAUCCUCUCCAUGGCGACCCGGCGGAGCGGGCUCCUCUCCAUGGCGACUCGCUGGGUGUCCGGGCUCCUCUCCAUGGCGACUCGCUGGGUGUCCGGGCUCCUCUCCAUGGCGACUGGCUGGGUGUCCGGGCUCCUCUCCAUGGCGACCCGCCGGGCAAGCAGGACCUCCCUGCCCGAGCGGCCGCCCCCGCCCCCCUCGACGACCACCGGCCGCUUCUGGCGGCGCCUGGAACCGUCUGGAAGCCGCCUCGCGCCGCCGUGGCCCCGGCAACUACAGGGCGCCCCGGGCCAGAGGUCAGGGUCCCGGUGGAGGUGGGCGCCGGGGCAGAGGGCAGGGAGAGCCCGCAGCGCGGCGGGGGAAAGGCCGAGGCAGAGGGGCCGAGUGACCGGGCGGAGGGGGCACCAGGCGGUCAAGUAGAGGGGGCACCGGUCAAAUCUGUGCUGAUCCAGAGCAAAACCCAAACCCGGGGUGAAGUGAAGCCUGGAGGCAAAGGAGAAGUUGGUAACCCCAUAGACAAUAACGUUCCUGUCGCUGGCAAAGCACUGGAUGGAGCCAAAGGUGAAGCUGCCAACAUUAUGGGUCAUAAACCUCACAUGAAUGGCAAAGCAGGGCAUGGAGCCAAAGAUAAAGCUGCCAAUAUAAUGGAUCAUAAAAUCCCUGUUGAUGUCAAAGAUCAGAAUGGAGUCAAAAGUGAAUCUGGCAACAUUAAGGUUCAUAAAAACCCUUUCGGAUUCAAAGGUAGGAUAGGAGUCGAAGGCGAUGCUGCUAACAUUUCGGAUAUUAAAAUCCCUGUUGGCGGCAAAGCAUGGGACCAAGCCAAAGGUGAACUUGUCUACAUUGUAGAUAAGAGAAAUCCUAUUGACCGCAAAGAAAUUAAUGGAGCCAAAGAUGAAGGUGCCCACAUUAUAGAUCAUAAAAUUCCUCCCGAUAUCAAAGUGUGGCAUGGAAUCGGAGAUCAACCUGCCAACAGUACAGAUAGUAAGAACCCAGUUGGUAUCAAAGAUCGGAAUGGAGUCCAAGGUGAAGCUGCCAAUAUUUCUGAUAAUAAGAUUCCUGUUGGCAUCAAAAAUUGGAAUGAAGUGAAAGUUGAACUUGUCAACCCGAUAGAUAAUGAAAUUCCUGUCGGUGGCGACACAUGGAAUAGAUUCAAAGGUGAACCUGCCAAUAUUAUGGAUCAUAAAAUGCCUGUCAGUAACAAAGAUUGGAACGGAAUCAAAGGUGAAUCUGUCAACAUUACGGAUAAUAAAAUUACUGGCGGUGGCAAAGAUUUUAACAGAAUUAAAGGUGAACCUGCAAAUCUUCUGGAUAAUAAAAUUCCUGUUGUUUUCAAAGAUUUGAGUGGUGUCAAAGGUGAAGUUGCCAACAGCAUGGAUCAUAACAUUUCCAUUGGAAACAAAGAUAGGAAUGGAGUCAAAAGGGAACUAGCGAUCCUUAUGGAUAAUAAAAUUCCUGUCGGUGGCAAAGAUUUUAAUGGAGUCAAAGGUGAACCUGACAACCUUACGGAUAGUAAGAUUCCUGUCGGUAGUAAGAUUUGGAAGGGAAUGCCUGGUCAACUUAUCAAUAUUGCUGUCACAAAGAAUGGUGGAAUAAAACAAAACAUAAUGAAAAUUACACCUCUAACAAAUAUGGCAAACGCAGAAAUUAAUUUCAAAGCAAACAAAUCUGGAAUAAAUCUGUUUGAAGGUAAAAACCUGACUGAGAAAAAAGAUUUUUCAGUUAUUAUUGAUAAUAAAUUAACAGUCAAAAACAAUGAAAUGAAUGAUCAGCAGAUUGACGACGCUGUUUUAAAACGACCAGUUGUUAACUUUCGAUCUGCUCUAAGGGAACACAGAGUUUUGUCGAUUGACAGGACUAUAUCGCCACGGGACCCAGAAGCCAUGGGUCAGUUUGGGCAACCAGCAGUUGUCCCGAAGGACCAAGAAGGACGAGCAAAGGAAAAAUGGAAUGAGGGACACUUCAAUGUAUAUCUCAGUAACAUGAUCCCACUGGACAGAGCUGUCCCAGAUACAAGACCAAAAGGGUGCUCUGAUCAAAUGAUUCACAACAACCUUCCAACCACCAGUAUUAUCUUGUGCUUCGUGGACGAAGUGUGGUCUACACUCCUAAGGUCUGUUCACAGCAUCUUCAACCGAUCACCUUCUCAUCUCAUUAAAGAAGUUAUUCUUGUAGAUGACUUUAGCACUAGAGAAUACCUGAAAGAAAAUUUAGACAAAUAUAUGUCGCGGUUCCCAAAAGUUCAUGUUAUUCACCUACAGGAGCGGCAUGGUUUAAUUCGAGCCAGACUUGUGGGCACAGCAAAGGCAACAGGAGACGUUCUAACAUUUUUGGACUCUCAUGUUGAAUGCAAUGUUGGUUGGCUGGAGCCACUUUUGGAAAGGAUCCAUUUAAAGCGAACAAAAGUAGCUUGUCCUGUGAUAGAAGUUAUCAGUGAUGAAGAUAUGAGCUAUAUAGGAGUGAAUGGUUUUUUACGAGGAGUAUUUACCUGGCCCAUGAAUUUUGGGUGGAAGUCGAUACCCGAUGGAAUUAUAAAAAAAUACAAUCUAACAGAAAUGGACCCAAUAAAAUGUCCAAUAAUGGCAGGAGGAUUAUUUUCAAUUGAUAAGAAAUACUUUCAUGAACUGGGCAUGUAUGAUAGAGGCUUGGAAGUCUGGGGUGGAGAAAACAUGGAACUCUCAUUUAAGGUUUGGAUGUGUGGAGGAGAAAUUGAGAUUAUCCCUUGUUCAAGAGUGGGCCAUAUCUUUCGAGAUGGCAAUCCAUAUACAUUCCCCAAGGAUAGAAUUAAGACCGUGGAGCGGAAUCUGGCCCGUGUGGCAGAGGUUUGGCUGGAUGAAUAUGUCGAUGUUUUCUAUGGUCAUGGUUACCACCAUCUUCUUGACACAAAUAACAUUGAAUUUAACAUUGGAGACCUAAGUGAGCAAAAAGAACUCCGGAAAAAGCUUCAAUGUAAGAGCUUCAAGUGGUAUUUAGAAAACAUUUAUCCUGAUAUACAAACAUCUUUUGUGAAAUCUGAUGGCUUGCUAUUUAAUGUUGGAACAAGGAAAUGUCUUGCUGUUGAAAAUGGCACGUUUUCAUUUGAAAUAUGUGAUACUAAUAAAAAGAAUCAGCAUUUUAGCCAUUCGUGGUUACGGCUAAUUCAACACAUGGACUUGUGCAUAGCUUUGUUGGACAUGAAACGGGAAAUUGGGAUGAGACCUUGUGAUAAAAAAAACAAUAACUUAAGGUGGCUCCAUGAGUCGUUUACAGCUGAAUCAACAUUGACGGAUCAUAUCCUUUGGGAGAUUUCUCAAUUUCCUUUGUGUUUAGAAGGUAAUCUAUUUGGAAAAGUCUUAAUGAUGAACUCUUGUGAUCAUUCUAAUCCACACCAGAAAUGGAAAUUCACCAACUAUUACAAGGAUUGAUGGAGGCAAUGAUGGAACGUCAGCUUGUGGUGAUGCAAGCAUUAUAAGGGGUUGACUAAAAUAUUAUUUGUUUGGAAUGGUGCCAAAACCAAUGACAUUGACCAAAAAACAUUCAAACCCACCCUGCAUAGCCUGAAAACAAGUUUUCAAGAUAAAUGUUUCCAUGUGGGUGCCAAAAGGAACUGCAAUGCAGGGCAUUAUGCAAUUCUUGGCUGUAAGAAUGAACAAUUAUAUUUUUCUGUUCUUACAGAAAAAUUAAACAUUACUUUGGUUCAGCUAAUGUGAUGUAAUUCUUUAUUUGUAGAAAAAUAGAAAUUAAUUUAUUAUGACAUAAGUAAACACAAAUCGAUUGUGAAAUAAUGUAAUUUUGACAUUUUUCAUUUGAUGGGCGGUUUUGAAAUCAUACUUUAAUACCUGUAUUAAAAGGAAAGCUUUUAAGUGACAAGAUGAGGUGAGAAAAUAAUUAAACUGUAAUUCUACUUUCAGAUUUUCAUGAUUUUUUUGGUUCAGCUGACAAUAAAAAGAGCAUUCUGUUUGUAA